AUGGCGUGGCGCCGCUUCCUCUUCUGUAUCUCCAACCUCACCAACGCAGCCCAAAUCCCAUCUCUCGAACCCCUCCUCCGACCUAACCCUUUCUUCCCUGUUUCUUGCCCUUCAGCCCUCUUCUCCACCUCCUUCCUGGUCACUAAAACCCCCAAAAAGUUCAAGAAGAAGCGGAAGAAGCCCGAUUCCCCUCGCACUAAGCCCGUCCAGCAUCCUUCCACCAGAAACCACCAUUUCGAAUCCUUGGUCGAGCGCGAUUCUUACUUCCGAUUCCUCACCAGAUCCAAACAGUUCCUCUCCCAGCAGCCGGAGCACGUCCUCCGCCUCGAUGACGCCGGCAAGCUCUACCGGGAGCUGGGCUUCCCUCGCGGUCGCAAAGUUGCUCGCUACCUCCAGCGCCACCCAUUACUUUUCCAGACUUACCGUCACACGGACAAUAAAAUGUGGCUAGGGUUCACGGAUUUCAUGGAGGACUUGCUCAACGAGGAGCGAUCGAUUAUGGAUUCCGUGGAAAUCGACAGGGUUGACAAGGUCACCAAGCUGUUGAUGAUGUCCAAGGACAAGCGUAUUCCUCUGAGUAAGAUUCACCACUGUCGGUUAUUGUUUGGAAUUCCUGACGAUUUCCGAGACAGAGUGGUUAAAUAUCCCGAGCGAUUUAGGGUUGCUGUUGGGAGUGAUGGGAAGAGAGUGCUGGAAUUAGUGAACUGGGAUAAGAGCUUAGCGGUGAGCCAGCUAGAAAGGCAGUUUAUGGUAGACGAGGACAAAGCCAAAAGAGCGUUUAAGUUUCCUGUAAAAUAUGCUAAAGAUUUAGAAUUGGAUGAGGGGGAUACUAGAACGUUGAAUCUCUUGAACACAUUGCCCUUGGUUUCGCCGUACAGUGAUGGGCAUAAGCUGGAUCUUUGGAGCUUAGAGGCCGAGAAAUACAGGGUUGGAGUUGUUUACGAGUUUCUCAGCCUGACUUUGGAGAAGAGAGCUUCCAUUCAUCACAUUGUGGAGUUCAAGGAUGAGUUCUCCUUGACAAAGCAUACAUAUGACAUGCUGAAAAAACAGCCCAGGACAUUUUACCUUGCUGGGACUGAGAUGAACUGGGUUGUGUUUCUGAAAGAUGCUUAUGAUGAGAAGGGAAAUCUCACUGAUAAGGAUCCACAAGUGCUUUUCAAUGAGAAAUUGUGUCAGUAUGCUGAAAUGAAGAAAGGGGAGUUGUAA